GCCGCCUCUCACAAGCCACAACUAGUAGCACUCUACCGCACGCCGCACGGAACGUCGGAUCCACGCCCGCACCGUCGCCGCCGCCUCCACCUCCUCCUAGAUGGCGGCGGCCUCGCCGGAGAAGAGGCCUCCUCGCUCGCUAUUCGACCUUCCCGCCGAAUUCUUUGAUUCAUCCAUCCUCCUCCGGGUCCACCCCUCCAGGCCCCCCUCCGCAGUUGAACCGUCCGAGCCCUCCCGGCCACCGCCGACGACUCAGCAGCAGCAGCCUUCAGAGGCUGCGGGGUUCAGGUGGACGUGCAACACCUGCGCUGCCGAGUUCGAAUCGCUGCAGGAGCAGCGCGAGCACUUCAAGUCCGACCUACACCGCCUCAACGUUAAGUUGAGCAUUGCUGGUAAAACUAUUAUAAAGGAAGAGGACCUAGACAAAGCAGAUUCUGAUUCUCUGUUUGACGAUUUGGAGAUAUCCAGUGUAUCUGGUUCGGAGGACGAACUAGAAAAUGGACCUGCAUCAGAGCGUGGACUCUCAGUUAAAGGCAAGGAAGAAUUCAGGAAGAAACUUUAUUUUCGGUGCCAAUCGGGUGACACGAUUUCUAUCUGGAGAUGCAUACUGUUGAAGGAACAUGAAGAACCAGUUAUUGAUCGCAAGUCUGGUCAGAUGGAAAGUGCAUCUUUUGUACAGGAGGAUGAGAUGAUAAAUAGGGUGAAGCGGUUGACAUGUGAACCUCGUGAUGCAUCACAUUUGAGGAUUGUUCUACUAACAAGUGGUGGGCAUUUUGCUGGAUGUGUUUUUGACGGAAAUUCCAUCGUAGCUCAUAAAACAUUUCAUAGGUAUGUCGUAAGAGCAAAGGCUGGAAAGAGGCAAUCUGGAAAAGAUGCUACUGGCAAAGUUGCGCACUCAGCAGGCUCUUCUCUUCGACGCUAUAAUGAAGCAGCAUUGAAAAAGGAAGUUCAAGAAUUAAUAGUUUCAUGGAAGCCAUACUUUGACACCUGCGUUUGUGCCUUUAUUUACGCUCCAUCAAAGAAUCGCCAAAUGCUCUUUGAUGGAGAUAAGACCCAGUCAGUAAUUCAGGCUUGUGAUAUUCGUGCAGUUCCGUUGACUGUUCAUCGGCCCACCUUGAAGGAAGCUAAGCGGGUAUAUAGUAACCUAACACAGCUCCAUUAUGAGAUGGAAUGUCCAACUGCAGAUGAAACCAUACCCCGUGAUGAAAGUGUGACAAGUGCUGAACAAAGUCAAGGGAAAAAUAAGGAAGUGGCUGUGGACUCUGAGGAAUCUAUUUCUGACUUAUCUGUCAGCUUGGAGUUGUUGAAUAAGAAUGAAGGAGUAACCGCACCAUCAUCUAAGAACGAAACAACACCUCUUCACGAGGCAGCUAAAUCUGGCAAUGCCCAGCUGACUUUGGAGUUACUUGAGCAGGGUUUGGAUCCUUGCAUCAGAGAUGCAAGAGGAAAGACACCUUACUUGCUGGCUUCAGAUAAGGAAAUUAGAAAUACAUUCAGAAGAUUUAUGGCGCUCAACCUUGACAAGUGGGAUUGGCAUGCUGCAGAUGUGCCUAGUGCACUUACGAAGGAAAUGGAAGAAUCACAAGCUGCAAAACAGGCAGAGAAGGAUGCCAAGAAGAAAGCACGUGCAAAAGAACUGAAGAAAUUAAAGAAAGCAAGAGAAAAGGAGGAGAAGGAAAAAGAAAAGGCGAAGGCUCAAGCAUCACAAGCCCAAACUUCAAUGGGCCAAAUGGCCAACAGAACUACUUCUAUGCCAGGCCUUAAACCAAAGCAUCAGACCCCGCAACAGAUCCUUAUUGCAAAGGAGGAGGAACGACAAAGGAAGCUAGCAGAAGAAAGAGAGAAGAGAGCAGCAGCAGCAGAGAGAAGACUCGCCGCCCUUGCUGCUCAAUCUGCCGGCAUAUCAGGUGCGACAGCACCAGCAGCAGGAAACUCUGCGCAGAAGGCAGCGCCAGACGACAAUUCCUGUUCCUGCUGUUUCGCUUCCUUGGCCGGCAAAGUGCCAUUCCACCGAUACAACUACAAAUACUGCAGCACUACGUGCAUGCAUCUCCAUUCAGAAAUGCUGCAGGAUGACUGAGGAAAUUGUAUGAUGAGAUUCACAUGAUUUUGUGAUGGUAUAUUUUCCUCACAACAACAAUAACAGGCCGUUCAACCAGUUUUUCAUAAUUUUGUUAUGCGCAUUCAAA